AUGUUAUUAACAUUGUUAUUUUUGUCAUUAUCAUCAUCAUCAUCAUCAUCAUCAUCAUCAUCAUCAUCAUCAUCAUCAUCAUCAUCAUCAUCAUCAUCAUCAUCAUCAUCAUCAUCAUCAUCAUCAUCAUCAUCAUCAUCAUCAUCAUCAUCAUCAUCAUCAUCAUCAUCAUCAUCAUCAUCAUCAUCAUCAUCAUCAUCAUCAUCAUCAUCAUCAUCAUCAUCAUCAUCAUCAUCAUCAUCAUCAUCAUCAUCAUCAUCAUCAUCAUCAUCAUCAUCAUCAUCAUCAUCAUCAUCAUCAUCAUCAUCAUCAUCAUCAUCAUCAUCAUCAUCAUCAUCAUCAUCAUCAUCAUCAUCAUCAUCAUCAUCAUCAUCAUCAUCAUCAUCAUCAUCAUCAUCAUCAUCAUCAUCAUCAUCAUCAUCAUCAUCAUCAUCAUCAUCAUCAUCAUCAUCAUCAUCAUCAUCAUCAUCAUCAUCAUCAUCAUCAUCAUCAUCAUCAUCAUCAUCAUCAUCAUCAUCAUCAUCAUCAUCAUCAUCAUCAUCAUCAUCAUCAUCAUCAUCAUCAUCAUCAUCAUCAUCAUCAUCAUCAUCAUCAUCAUCAUCAUCAUCAUCAUCAUCAUCAUCAUCAUCAUCAUCAUCAUCAUCAUCAUCAUCAUCAUCAUCAUCAUCAUCAUCAUCAUCAUCAUCAUCAUCAUCAUCAUCAUCAUCAUCAUCAUCAUCAUCAUCAUCAUCAUCAUCAUCAUCAUCAUCAUCAUCAUCAUCAUCAUCAUCAUCAUCAUCAUCAUCAUCAUCAUCAUCAUCAUCAUCAUCAUCAUCAUCAUCAUCAUCAUCAUCAUCAUCAUCAUCAUCAUCAUCAUCAUCAUCAUCAUCAUCAUCAUCAUCAUCAUCAUCAUCAUCAUCAUCAUCAUCAUCAUCAUCAUCAUCAUCAUCAUCAUCAUCAUCAUCAUCAUCAUCAUCAUCAUCAUCAUCAUCAUCAUCAUCAUCAUCAUCAUCAUCAUCAUCAUCAUCAUCAUCAUCAUCAUCAUCAUCAUCAUCAUCAUCAUCAUCAUCAUCAUCAUCAUCAUCAUCAUCAUCAUCAUCAUCAUCAUCAUCAUCAUCAUCAUCAUCAUCAUCAUCAUCAUCAUCAUCAUCAUCAUCAUCAUCAUCAUCAUCAUCAUCAUCAUCAUCAUCAUCAUCAUCAUCAUCAUCAUCAUCAUCAUCAUCAUCAUCAUCAUCAUCAUCAUCAUCAUCAUCAUCAUCAUCAUCAUCAUCAUCAUCAUCAUCAUCAUCAUCAUCAUCAUCAUCAUCAUCAUCAUCAUCAUCAUCAUCAUCAUCAUCAUCAUCAUCAUCAUCAUCAUCAUCAUCAUCAUCAUCAUCAUCAUCAUCAUCAUCAUCAUCAUCAUCAUCAUCAUCAUCAUCAUCAUCAUCAUCAUCAUCAUCAUCAUCAUCAUCAUCAUCAUCAUCAUCAUCAUCAUCAUCAUCAUCAUCAUCAUCAUCAUCAUCAUCAUCAUCAUCAUCAUCAUCAUCAUCAUCAUCAUCAUCAUCAUCAUCAUCAUCAUCAUCAUCAUCAUCAUCAUCAUCAUCAUCAUCAUCAUCAUCAUCAUCAUCAUCAUCAUCAUCAUCAUCAUCAUCAUCAUCAUCAUCAUCAUCAUCAUCAUCAUCAUCAUCAUCAUCAUCAUCAUCAUCAUCAUCAUCAUCAUCAUCAUCAUCAUCAUCAUCAUCAUCAUCAUCAUCAUCAUCAUCAUCAUCAUCAUCAUCAUCAUCAUCAUCAUCAUCAUCAUCAUCAUCAUCAUCAUCAUCAUCAUCAUCAUCAUCAUCAUCAUCAUCAUCAUCAUCAUCAUCAUCAUCAUCAUCAUCAUCAUCAUCAUCAUCAUCAUCAUCAUCAUCAUCAUCAUCAUCAUCAUCAUCAUCAUCAUCAUCAUCAUCAUCAUCAUCAUCAUCAUCAUCAUCAUCAUCAUCAUCAUCAUCAUCAUCAUCAUCAUCAUCAUCAUCAUCAUCAUCAUCAUCAUCAUCAUCAUCAUCAUCAUCAUCAUCAUCAUCAUCAUCAUCAUCAUCAUCAUCAUCAUCAUCAUCAUCAUCAUCAUCAUCAUCAUCAUCAUCAUCAUCAUCAUCAUCAUCAUCAUCAUCAUCAUCAUCAUCAUCAUCAUCAUCAUCAUCAUCAUCAUCAUCAUCAUCAUCAUCAUCAUCAUCAUCAUCAUCAUCAUCAUCAUCAUCAUCAUCAUCAUCAUCAUCAUCAUCAUCAUCAUCAUCAUCAUCAUCAUCAUCAUCAUCAUCAUCAUCAUCAUCAUCAUCAUCAUCAUCAUCAUCAUCAUCAUCAUCAUCAUCAUCAUCAUCAUCAUCAUCAUCAUCAUCAUCAUCAUCAUCAUCAUCAUCAUCAUCAUCAUCAUCAUCAUCAUCAUCAUCAUCAUCAUCAUCAUCAUCAUCAUCAUCAUCAUCAUCAUCAUCAUCAUCAUCAUCAUCAUCAUCAUCAUCAUCAUCAUCAUCAUCAUCAUCAUCAUCAAACAAGUGA